AUGUAUGACAACAUCUCUGAUUUCACAAGAUAUGAUGACGACCAUGACCCCGAACACGGUGAAGAAGAAGUUUUACAAACAUCCAUUAAGACAGGAAAGGUUUUAACUCAAAGUCUCAUUAUUGACACCAAAGAUGGCGAAGUGGACGUUCUUCAAGAGCUGAAGAAAAAUACUUCUUCGGGAGGUGGUGGUAGGCAUGAACUUGAAAUAAAUGAGAUAGAAGAGAAAUUAGCCGAAAAAGCAGAUAAAGAACAUAAACACAAUAUCUCCGAUAUAAAUGAACUUCAAGCUACAUUAAAUAGUAAAGCGGACAAGAACCACGUUCAUUAUAUAACUUCAGACGAACAGAUUAUAACGGACUACCAUGGAUAUUUAACACGAAGUGAUGAAGCGAAGACAAAAAAUGUUAAUGAAAGAAGAUAUAAAUACAUUCGUGCUAAAGGUUAUGACAUAAGCUGUACUGUACAGUAUGAUGUAGCUAAAGCACCAGAAGCAUUUGGUUAUACCGGUGAAAUUUAUGCCUCUACUUUCAAUGUUAACGGUGUAUUAGUUGAACCAAGAUUUACUUUGAGAGUUAAGUCAAAAAUAACGUUUGAAGAUGCUAUUAAAAGUAAAGCUGACAAAGUUGAACUCGAAGCAAUGAACAAAGUUUUGAAAUCUCAUAAACACAACAUCUCCGAUAUAAAUGAACUUCAAGCUACAUUAGACAGUAAAGCUGACAAGAACCAUACACAUAAAUCCUUCACUACUGUUAGAGCAGACGACAUAAUAUUGAACUUUGACCUUGGUUCAAGUGCACCAUUAGAAAAUCCAAAUACAAGCGUAAAAGAUACUCUUAACAAUUUAGAUAAGAGUUGCAGGAAUAUCGAAGAUCAUGCCAGAAACUUUGAAGCAUAUGAACUACCAGCAAUGUUAGAUAAGAAAGCUGACAAAACAGAGCUUCAAACAUUAAAGACAGAAAUACUUCAAACAUUAUAUCCCAUUGGUUCUAUUUAUACGUCAAUGAACUCAACAAAUCCAGCAACAGUUUUAGGUUUUGGUACAUGGCAGCAGAUUGUAGACAAAUUCUUAUACUGUGCUAACUCUUCAAAGCAAACAGGAGGUUCGAAGAAAAUUACUGAAGCAAACCUUCCACCGCACACUCAUACAGGAACUACAAACUUUUCUGGCGACCAUAGCCACUCAUUAAGAGACCACCCAUUAUACAACUCAGAGUAUGAAGCUGGCAAUGACGUUUUAUCUCCAUCUUAUAACAAUGCAGCAAAAAAGACUUUUCGACCAACUGAACCAGGAGGAAAUCAUUCACAUACUUUCACAACAAAUCCAACAGGCUCGGGUGCAGAUUAUAUGCCACCAUUUGUGACUAUAUUCGCAUGGUACCGCGUUCAAUGA